CACGUCCCCGGCGGGGCGGAGCUGUCGUUGCUGUUAUGGCGUCUUGGGCGCUGUUGGCGAAGGCUCAGCCGCUGCGGUGCCAAUAGAGAAGGAAGGAGCCGGGCGGCCGGCGGGCCGGGCAUGGAGAGCCUGGCGCAGCCCCCGCCGCCUCAGGGCUCGCUGAAGAGGGGCGGCGGGGGCGCUGCCAGCCAGCUCCUCCUGGAAGAGGCGGUGGCAGGCGAGGGCGACUGCAGGGACGGGCCCGCGGCGGCGGAGGAGGGCGGCGGGCGGCGCAGCCCUUCCCCUCCGAGGGCUCCCGCUCCCGCCACAGCCCCUCAGACGGCGUCUCCCGCACGGGCCGCGGAGGACAGCCCGCCGGCAGCGGACGGCACGGGUCUGGCGGAACCGGAGAGCCCUGACGCGGCGCCUACCUCGGAGAGCGGUGCCGCGGGGGCCGGCUCCGGGAGCAGCGGGGCUCCCAGCCCGCCGGGGGAGGAGUCCCGGAGCCUGGACUCACUGGAGUCCUUCUCCAACCUGCACUCCUGCUGCCCGAGCAGCUCCGAGCUCAACAGCGACGCCGAGGAGGCGGUGGUGGCGGGGGCCGCCUCGGGGGGUCCGGCCCCGCAGCCUGACGAGGACAGGCCCGCGGCGGGAUCCCAGCUCCUCUCCGCCUCCAAGGAGCGCUUCCCGGGCCAGUCCGUCUACCACAUCAAGUGGGUCCGCUGGAAGGAGGAGAACACGCCCGUCAUCACCCAGAACGAGAACGGCCCCUGCCCGUUGCUGGCCAUUAUGAACGUGCUGCUGCUGGCCUGGAAGAUCAAGCUGCCACCAAUGAUGGAAAUAAUAACAGCUGAACAGCUGAUGGAAUACUUGGGAGACUAUAUUCUUGAUGCAAAACCUAAAGAGAUAUCUGAAAUUCAGCGUCUUAAUUAUGAGCAGAACAUGAGUGAUGCCAUGGCUAUUCUGCAUAAGUUGCAAACGGGUCUGGAUGUCAAUGUGAAGUUUACAGGUGUACGAGUGUUUGAAUACACACCUGAAUGCAUAGUAUUUGAUCUUCUGGAUAUCCCCCUGUACCAUGGAUGGUUAGUGGACCCUCAGGUUGCUGACAUAGUAAAAGCAGUUGGUAACUGCAGUUACAAUCAGCUAGUGGAGAAGAUAAUUUCUUGUAAACAGUCGGACAACAGUGAACUGGUUAGUGAAGGAUUUGUAGCUGAGCAAUUUCUAAAUAACACAGCUACACAGUUGACAUACCAUGGACUGUGUGAGUUGACUUCAGCUGUCCAGGAGGGAGAGCUUUGUGUGUUCUUCAGGAACAACCAUUUUAGCACCAUGACCAAAUACAAGGGUCAGCUUUACCUGCUGGUGACAGACCAGGGCUUUCUUACAGAAGAGAAAGUUGUUUGGGAAAGCUUACACAAUGUGGAUGGGGAUGGAAAUUUCUGUGACUCUGAAUUCCACCUACGGCCUCCGUCAGACCCUGAAACUGUCUACAGAGGGCAGCAGGAUCAAAUAGAUCAAGAUUAUCUGAUGGCAUUGUCUCUACAACAAGAGCAGCAAAAUCAAGAGAUUAACUGGGAACAGAUCCCAGAAGGAAUCAGUGAUCUAGAGCUAGCAAAGAAGCUCCAGGAAGAGGAAGACAGGAGAGCUUCUCAAUACUAUCAGGAACAAGAACAAGCAGCUGCUCAGGUCCAGCAGGUACAAGGCGCUGCUUCUCCAGCCAGUGGAAGACAAUCUGGGAGUAAUGAACGCAAACGUAAAGAGCCUCGAGAGAAAGAGAAAGAAAAAGAGAAGAAUAGCUGUGUUCUCUUGUAACAGAAGAUGGAUUUAGUCUGGAGCCAAGUGCAUGUCAUCAGAAGCAAAAACCAGUAAAAAAAAAAAAAAGAAGACAAACCUGUUACAUGCCGCCUGUGCCUGAUUACCCCAUGGAUUUUGUUCACAUUUUAAGAGAGGAUGGGUGACUUUGUUACAAUCAUAUGGACUUUCUUCAAAGUCAUAGUGAGUGCUGCUCAAGAUGGAAUUCCAAAUCACAGUUGGAUGUGGCUGUGCUUUGAGUUAGUCAUAACAAAUACUGCACCUUGUAGCUGAACACACAAGUCAUGGCAAGUUUUGUGUCAUGGUGACAUCCAUUAUUCAUUACGUCAGUUAGUAAGCUAUUUUAUCUUCUACUCUAAACAAAGGAGGUAACUCAUUCUGUGCAAGACUUUUUCCUGAAGUCUGUACACGAGCACAACAGAAUUCUAUGUAACUUACAUGGUAUGAAACUAUAUCUUAGGCUGGGUAUAGUCUUCAUGAUACAAGAGCCCGAAUAACAGCUGGGCACUGCCUCCUCCAUGUGUCCAGGUUUCUUUGCUUCUGGAUCUGGUAUGUUUGUUUUUUUUGAACCCAGAUUUAUAUUGUAUUACUGCUAUCAUUGCACAUCCUGGCCAGCUUUCUUGCCCCAAGAAUAUGUGACUCGAUAGGCAUCAUACAAAAAAUUGUCAUAGAAAAUGGGGCAUUUAUUAAUAAGCAAGAUGAAUAUUGUUUGCUUUUCUUGCAAUUACAAACUGGGUAUGGCAACUCAGACGUUAUCAGGGUUAAACAAGUAAUUUUGUAAGUAACUUCUUUUUCUUUUAGUAUUUUUUCUCUUGUAGGUAAACUGGACCAGAUAAGUUCUUAUUUAUUGACCUCUCCAUAUGAUAGGUGAAUGAUGAGAGGAAACUAAGAUCUAUAAUAAUCAUUAUUCUACGUAAGAAUGCAGAGUUACAGUAACUAUCUGCCUUUUUUCCAGAAGUACCUUGAACUUUAACAUGAUGUUAACGUGUCCACUUGUAUAUUUAAGCAAGUGUGCUCUAGUUAAAAACACACUUUGUUUGUUUUGUAAUUCAUGUAUCCUUAAAAAAGCACACUUUUGAAGGGUGAGAGGGAAGCUAGGCUGCUCUCUGAGAUUGUUUGAAAAGGUGGUCAGGUGUAAUAUUUUGUUUUUUAAAUCACUAAUUUAGAAUUUUUUGAAAACCAGAUUUUUCUAAUUUAUGGGAACCAAAUAAACAUGUUGUGUCUUGUAGUAUUUAUAGAAUACAGAAACAGAAUACUUGCUGAAUUUUGAGGGAACCACAAAUCCUCCUCCACUUGCAUUAAGUCAGUAUCAAUUACCUUCUUGCAGAACCUUUUUUAUAAAAAAAUUUCUAUUUAGCAAUUUGUAGAUACUUUUUCAAAAGGCUGCUUCUCCUGGACAUGUUACGUAUUCCUGCUCUAAGCCUGGGUCAGUGCAUUAGUAGGCAAUAAUCUGGGAAAGCUAAGGCAGCCAGGUGGCAUAUGACAGUCCUGGUUUCAGAUGUUUGAGGAGUGUCAGUAAGACAGAGGGUAUUAAAGACAAGUCCACCAGUGAAAAGCUGCUUUAAAAUUAUUUCAGGCAGACUUGCUGCAGUGAUGGGAACCAGUCAUCACAGAAAUCUGUUACGAACCUAGAAUGAAAAUCAGACAAAGGAAGAAUGUCUUAACAAAAGGGCCAGUUUGUAUAACUUUUUUCUUCCAUUGUUUUUCUUUUGUGUUGUUUUCCACUUUUGUUACAAUAUCCCUUUUAUAAUAAUGAAAUAAUGAAUGGUAGGAGGUCUCUAAUACGCAAACUGUACAUUUAAAAAUUUCUCUCAUCUCUGGAAGUCAUGCCCAGAAAAGUAAUUUUAAUACUUAAUGUAUGCAGUUCAGAUAAUUUUCUAUGUCAAAGCAAAGGUUGUUCCCUUUUUUCCUUUGCAGCAGCCUAACUACUUCAAACAAAUUACUGUGAUGGAGGAUCACCAACAUGACUUAACUACUUAAAGCAGAUCAGAAAAUAUUCCAGUAGUGUCAAUAACAGACUUUAAGCCAGAAUGUUGUUUAAAAACAUUCUGUUACUAAGAUUUUUCCAAAUUUGUGUAUUUACAUUUAUUUAUUGACCUUGAAAAAUAAAUAUGUCGAGCUAAGUGUUUGUUAUCUUAUUAUUUUCAGUAACAGUAUUGCCAUUUUAAAUUCCUUUUUGAACAAAGUUAUCUGGAGCAGGCAUUGUGGCUAUGCAGUGUAUCUUCUUGCCUAAGAUACUUGCUCAUACUAGAAAAAUUCAUUUCAAAAACAUUUCCGGUUUCAGACAGAUGUGCCUGAAACCUAAUAGACUGUAGUUAUGGUAAUACUGUUAUUUGGUCACAAAGAAAGAAGAAUUAAAUGUCAACACUCAUCAUGAAGUCUGAACUCCCACAUCAUUCAGUUUCUCUUUCAAGAAAUGAGUAAAGAAUUUCAGGUUAUUUGAGGUGACAGGCAUGCUAUUCAAGCUGUUUCCUUGUUAAUGUCCUUUUUCUUCACAGGUCUUGAAGCUUUGGAAAAAAGGUAAAGAAUUCCUGAAAUCUAGGACAUUGUUCUGCAUGAGUUGAGCUUGUUAGUGGCAAAAGUUGUACAACAUUUUUUUUUAUAUUAAUAUAUCUGGAAGCUUAAUUUAUAUCCUACUGUGACUAACCAUUCCAAAAGCAACUAUCAAAGUUAGUAGUUAUGACAGUAUCUGACGAUAAAAUAGAACAGAAUUGCUUUUACCUGUAAUGGUGAGCUUGGAAAACAGUGUUACAAAAUAUUCAUGGAGUACCAGAAAGACUGUCUACUUCUGACUGUUAAUUCCUUUGAAGCAUAUUCUGGUGGAAGGGUACAGAUUUAUACUUUUAAAUCUGUUUAUACAAUUUAGCAUGCACAUGCUUCAAAUGCCGACAUAAUAUAUCUGGAAGUGUCCAGAAAAGUAGAGUAGAACAUGUUUUUCCACUAGAUAAAAGCUAGCACAGAAAACAGAAUCAUAGAGUUUUUGUUGUUGCAUUGUAGUUGUGAAAUAAAGCUAAAUACAAGUAUUCUUAAAAUUAGCAAAAACCUGAGCACUGCCAUAGGUAAAUGUUUUUCUAAAAGGCACUUUGUAAAUGCUCAAAUAGACCACUUUUCUUGUGACACUCAUGGACUCUGAGACCCAGCAAAGCAGAUGCAAAGGAAGAUUUUAACAGAGGAUGAAAUAAGCAUUCCUGAAAAUUCACUUAAACACAAUGCAAAAAAAUAAUUUAUAGGUAGCCAUCUAGUUAAUAUAAUAAAGUACAUGUUCAGAUUGUCUUUCAAAGCUCUUUUUGUGGAUCACAGACACGCAAGCUAAAAAUGAAACACAUGCUUUUCUGUGUACACUUGCAUUGGAUUGCCAGUCAAUCUCUCCACUCAUCUGAUACUUCACACUAUUGUCAAAUGUUUCUCCUAACUUGUAUACACAAGUUCUUGAAAAAACUUUCCAUAUGUAAUAAAAGGAAUUUGAGUUAUUGAAAUUGAAUCUUUUGGUGUAUUCAGCAGGAAAUACUCAAAAGGUGCAGCUGAUGUAAUGGAACUUUUCUUUCCUGCUCCAAUAGGUCUCUAACCCAAAGGCAGCUCCUUGCUUAGAUCCUUACCAGGGGAUGCUUAUCCUAGUCAGAGGCUGAAGGUUAUACAAAGUACAUCCAGUACAACACACUGGAUUAAGAGCUGUAUUUAUUUUAUAUAAAAGCAGACUUUCUAAGAUUGUAGCCUUGAACAGCAGGUGACUCAUAAAAUGUAAGUUAAUUGAUGUGGCUACCCUCAUUAGAAAGCCUAUUCGAGAAAAGCAAAAAUAAGCCUCAGUUUGGUUGCAAUAUAAUGUUCACAUUUUUUCCAUCUAUGCUAUGAUAACAAGGCCUUGGUUACAAGGAAAAUCUGAUGCUGAAAAAUGUUCAUGUAGUCCAAUGAUUGCAAAUGUCACAUGCAAGAACUCAGACAUUUUAUCUGGUAUUCAGUGCAGUUUGUUUUUUUUAAGCAUAACUAGUAAUAGACUGUUUGCAGUGUUGUUUUGAGUGGGAGAAUCUGGUGAGAUGAAUGACACACUUUCAUAGAAAAUCACUUAUACAGAAGUCUAUUUUAUUAUAACUUCCCUGAUGUUUCCAUAUAGCUGCUCCUUCUUCACUGCUUGUUGUCAUAGUUGUCCAGUAGCAAACCAACAUACUUCAGCUCGACUGUCAUUGCUGUGGUGAGGAACAAGUGCUGUAGGGAAACGCUGAGGAGGAAAGACAGGCUGGAACAUACAAGUCCUUUUAUGACCUCUGGAGACUUGUUUAGGAAUUUGUCCUUAAUUUUUAUGUUUAGACAUAAAACCAAGUAAAAUAUGGGAAGUGGUCUGCCAGUGCCUCAUGCGAUGAUGGCCUGAGCUCCUAUGAACUUGGAUCCUCUGUUCCAGAGCUGGAUGAAGUAUGUGAUGCUCAGUCUGUCUCAACUUGAAGCUCCUGUUACCUUGUUGAAGCCACUAGUAAAACUUCCACAGACUUUUUUUCAGAUAAGACUUCAGACGUAAUUUUUCAGUAUUAAGAUUAUGCCAAACAGUCUUGAAAAUGUCACCUGACAUAGUUGAGCAUUUUUAGUUUUCUUCUCACAGUGUUCCAGAAAAAGCUGGGAUAACUGCUGUGUUUGUCUGAAACCUUCUGUUUUUGUUUGGGUUCCCUGGCACAUGCCAAGGAAAGGGUCAAAAUUGCAUUAGAAGAAACAAGGGUGUGUCAUGGGUGAGGACUCCAAAAUAACAAGAUGAAAACAGACAAUUUCUUCCCCUUUUUAUAAACGGUUCAUAUCUAGUCAUUAAUAUUUGCACUGAAUAUUUUUUCCUAAGGCUUGCUUAUGUGGUCCAGUCUGUGAUGCUGGGGAGUUAAUGUUUAUGCUUGUAAUCUAGUAAACCCUUCCAAGCAUUCCCAUACUGACAUUUCUGCCUUGCGACACAGACAUAACAGUGACAAAAUCAGCAUUUACACUUACCAACUCUCCAACUCUGAUGGAUUUAAAUACAAGAGUAUUUAAUAGUUAAAGGAAAAUGCUAACUUCAGGUUUUUACCAUUGCCAAACCAUUAUUUUUGGCAGUGGUAAAUUCUAAAAUUUAAUGUAAAUUGUAUUCUUAUCUCUGAUUUUAUAGUAGAGCUGUUAUAAGUUGCAUCUCAAUGAAUACAGAAAGGUGAGGAGUUUUCCAAGGUGAGCUGUGGUAGCCAGCUACUAUUGAAAGGCAGGCUGAUCUGGUGGCCCAGUUCCUUUACUGUAAAUUCACCCAGCUCAUGAAGACACAGUGUAGUUUAACUAGACAUAACCAUGCCAUCUUUAUCUAAUGCUAGUAGUUUUCAUACUGAGAAUAUUUAGAUUAGACAUUAGGAAGAUGUGACAUAAUGAUAGGGACUUUCCCAUAUAUGAAUUUUAAGUAUAUAUUGUCAUGAAGUUCUUAUUAUAAUUUAUGACAUGUGCCAGCUACAGUAAAGCUAGUGUGAUUAUUUCUGCUUGUGCUAUAAAUGCACAUCCUUUCUAUGAAACAAAUACAGAAAAUUACAUGACUGCUUUUCUAAUAGAUUUUGAAGCUACCUUGAAAUGUUCUUGGUAAUACAGAAAAUUAAAUAAUGCAUGAAGUUCCUGAAGAACUGUAAUGAUUUCACACGUUUUUCUUGCCUUGUACAUUUACAUAGAACACCUAUAUGGAUAUUUUAAAAAAACCACUGUAACACUUGAUUUUCUGAUAGAAUGUUGUAUUUAGCUACAUACACUGCAGUUGCCCUUUAUAACAAACAAACAAACAAACUGCUUUGUCAGUAGCAAUCUUAGGCUGUAGGAAUUUCACUGGAAGGAUUUAGUAAGUAUUAGGAAAAUAAUUAUUACUAAACAAAAAAUGCAACACUUUGGUUUUUUACUCUGGUUCCUUGUGAAUUGCAGUAGCUAACAUAGUCACAGUGAUGAGCAGUGGCUGAGGAAGUCUUAGGAUCCUUUAAAACUUCCAGGACAGUACUGCAGUGCUUAAUGCCUCUCCUAUAUCUUUUUAUACUAAGUAUCUAUCCACUCCAGCUUCAUACUAGCAGAGGUGUGAGGAGGAUCAUAUUUCAGGAUACUUACACAAACCAGUUUCAUAAUUUACUGCAAUUUUUCAUAGUUAAUUACCAACGUGUAUAAGCUCUGCAAGCAGAGAACUGGGAGAAACAACUGCAGUGUCUGUACUUCCAACUUCAGCUGGAUCUGCCAAAAGGUGCAAAGGAAGCUGAUGACUAAUACUAUUCUUUUGAAAAAUCUCAGACCAAGUAAGAAAGAUUAAUCUAUGCUGGUUUUACUUGUGUUUUUUUUUUUAUUAUGAAAACAAGUGUUGAGAUUAUGGUGUGUAUUUUUAGAGAAAAAACAAGCUCAGUUUUAAAUUUAACUGUGUCUUCAGCUUUGCUAGCUUUUUAGCAUGUUACCUGUUCCACUUUUUAAUACCUCUUUCCAAUGCAACUCCCUUUUCUCUUCAGCAUGUUGUUGUCAGGGCAUUAACUUGUGUCUUAACUUUAGGGCUUUUUGUUGCAGAUUAAUCAGAGCCAAAAGGAGCUGGUUUAUAUUAAGUUACUGGUUUGAUUUACAGUUGAGUGUUAGUUAAGUCCUUCAGACUGAAAAAUUGAAAACAGAUUCUGUUUGUGGUGAGUAAAUAACAGUAUGGGGUUUUUUGGGCCAAUUGCAGCCCUGGUAGACUUUACAAUUGAGUUGUGUUUACUGCCAUGGAAAUAAAAUCCUUCUCUUGCUUGGAAAAGUACAGUAGCUGGUUGUCUUCAAGGCCACUGCGGAUACAGUGAAUCAAUGAAUCUGCUCCUGAAUUUUUAAACUAUUUCUAAUCCAGCAGUUGCAUUUUUUUAUCAUGCCUAGUUGCAGUAAUUGCAGGCUUGCCUUUCCUACGCUCAGUUUACAGCAGUAUGCUUGCAUUUCUGGGUUUCUUACCUGCUUUCUGUUUGAGGCUGGCAAGAAAAAAUAGCUUUUGAGAACCCAUUAACAACAUAGCCAAAGGUACAAUGAUUUCAAGGGACAAAUCUAUUGCAGCAAGAUUUUCCUUCCCCUGUAUGUUGGUAACUCUGGAAACCACUAGUGUGUGUAACAUUAUGUCAAAGAAUGCAACUGGUCAUACAAUUGCAGUAGAGACUAAAUAAGCAGGACUCUGGAUUUGAUGCAGUUUGCACUUGCAAAAAGAAAGCAGUUAAUACUUAGCCCCAGGCUGCUAUCAGAUUGUACUGGACAAAUUGUCACUUGUGAAUGACUUUUCCCCUAUUUUUUUUGCAGUGUAUCAUCACUAGUUACAGGUCAAGCCUCAAAAAAAUUUGAUGGUGAUUCUUAAAGCUAGAGAAAGUAUCAAGUAACUUGUCCUGUCCCACUGAAAUAAAUUCUUAGUCUGUUGCUACUUGCUCAGUACUGGUUCUUAUAUAAAGUCACAGAAUAUUAAUACCUUGCAGCUACUUUAUGAGGCAGUGAAAAAUGCUAUCAUCAGUUCCCCCACAAUAACCUGGUAGAGCCUUAAGUGUUAAAAGACAGGAGUUUUGGUUUCUUUUAUAUUACCUCAUCAAAGUUUUCAUAAAUAAUUUUGAUUAUCCUUUUAGCUGGUAAAUACAUGCAGAGCUGUUAUUUGUACAUCUGUUCACAAUAAUUUUCUGUGUAUCCAUGGGAGCUUAUUAACAAAACUACAGAUGAAACACACAACAAUGAAUCCUACAGAAGUUGCUCCUAGUUCACCAGACUUGUACAACUGUUGUGUGAAAAUCAGCAGUUUAGUUGUGAACCUCUUAGUCAUCUAAUGCUUACCUUGAUCUCUACAUCUAGUUUUAAAAGGAAUGCAAAAAUAAAAUGCAAGCUACUGCAGAUUUACCUAGAGACAGGUUAAAUUUUUAAAAAUUCUAUUUUAAAAGUGCAUGACAUUAAAUCUAGUCAUGCAGUGUCAUUCGUAUCAAGGUAUGUGAUUGAAAUCCUUUGCAUCCUGAUCCUGCACUGUUACCCAACAUUGGAACAGCAUCUACAAGUUCAACUACUGAAUGUUUUGCAUUUCAAGAGCCUUAAUUGUUUCUAUUGUAUUAAUGUGUUUUUAAAGACUAAGGAAAAAGCAUCUUCCUUGUAAAUUGUUAAAAGAAUUUUGAUCACUUAAUUUUUAGAGUCCAGUUCUGUAUCUUAAUACCUGUUUGUGUACCACAAAAGAAACUGUUUAAUUCUGUUAUCAUUUUUAAAGUGUCCCCAGAUGUCAGCCUCUCUAUAAUUUAAGAUAUUUACUCUCUUGAGAUUUAUUUUGGUUAACAGUCUUCUGAAAUUUGUUGUAUGUAAAAAAAAAUUAAGUGAGCAAAUUUAAAUAAACAUUUCAUUUAGGUA